UCUGACCCUAGAGUCAAUCAGACAUGCAACAUUGGCAGUCCGGUCCCAUAAGAUCUGCGAGGUCACGUCCGGUGCCUACAUUACAUUCUCAUUACUAGACGGGGGACGUAGGACACUAGACUGCCAUUUGAGAAGGCUUCAUAUUCAGCAUAGUCGCUUCUAACCGUGAUCUAACUCUCUGUUUCUCUCCAAGUUCUGUCCUGAAUCUUUGCAAUGGCCAUCGAGGCUCCGGACCAGCCCCACUCGGUGCAAUCGGGGAUCAACAUCAUUGUCGUAGGAUUGGGCCUUGGAGGCCUAGCCACUGCAAUAGAGAGUCAUCGAAGGGGGCAUUCAGUAGUCCUCCUGGAGAAGGUGACAAAACUAAAGGAAGACGCGGGCGAUGCAAUCGUCAUUGGGCCCAACGCGGCCCGCCUGAUCAGUGCCUGGGGGACGCAACUGAUUGAGAAGGUCUCCCCUCAUCUGUCCAACGCUACACAUGCGGACAUGCUGGAUCAUCAUGAUCGAUUUAUUGUGCGAAAUGAAUUGGCAGGGAGAGGAGAGGCUUGGAUGAUAAAUCGCGGUAGGUUGAUCAGCAUUCUGUACGAGUACGCGAGAGAGUUAAAGAUUGAUAUUCGACUCGGACAUUGUGUCACAAAAUACUGGGAAGAUGGCCAUAUGGCAGGGGUAGUCGUGAAUGGCUCCGAAACACUGGCUGCUGAUUGCGUGAUCUGUGCGGAUGGAGUCCAUAGUGACGCGAGGCGUUGGGUGACCGGGCUCGAAGAUGCUCAGCAGAGCUCAGGAUGGGCGGCCUUCCGUGGUCAUCUAACAACGGAGGAUAUCGCAAAGGACCCCGAAGCCAGCUGGGUACUGCAAGGUACACAGGAGAAAGACCAGGUGUACGUGUGGUUCGGCGAUGGGAUCAACUUGGCUAUUACCACACUGAGAAAAGGCAAAGAGCUUGCCUGGGUCCUUAUACACAAGGACUCCUUCAACGCCCAUGAAAGUUGGGCGGGAGGGCGAGCCACUAUUGAGGACGCGCUGGCAACCCUCAGCGGUUGGCCUGGGCAUAGUAGGCCCUCCUCAGUCAUUCGCCAUACACUACCCGAGCGACUUGUCGACCAUCUGCUGAUCUAUCGGCCGCCACUCAAGACAUGGGUGUCCUCCGGGGGCCGUGCAAUGCUCAUUGGUGAUGCAGCCCACCCCUACCUCCCAGUUGUUGGUCAGGGGGGAGGCCAGGCAAUUGAGGAUGGUGUUGUCGUCGCCACAGCGCUUAGCUUAGCAGGGAAAGCACAUACUCCCCUAGCCCUGCGCGUGGCAGAGAAGAUCAGGAACCAUUAUCCUAACCUACGUGGAAAUCCUCAAAGGUAUCCGCGCGCCACAGUGAUCCAGCUUGGGAGUUCGACCUUACAGGACGCGUUGUUCUGGCCAGAUUGGGAGGCCGUCGCGAAGGAUCCGAACAUUUUUGCAUUCCCUAACCCUGAAUGGAUCUUAGGUCAUGAUUGCCGGGAGUAUACGCAUCAGGUUUUCGAUCAGGUAGUGCAGGCCCUCCGUGGUCAAGCCGAGUACAUCCCUCGAAACAUUCCUCCGGAUGGUGUGUACCGGAUCGAGGACACAUAUAUCCCUGAGUCCUAA